AUGACAGUGUCCAAUCAAACCUUUGAGAACAGAUUCGUUCUCAUUGGCCUCACCAAUAUCCCAUACCUACAGGAAUUAUAUCUCUUAAUAUUUUUGAUAAUAUAUAUAAUCACAGUGUUAGGAAACUCUCUGUUUAUCGUUGUGGUCAGAAUAAAUAUAAAAUUACAGACACCCAUGUAUUUUUUCUUAAGCCACCUUUCAAUUAUUGAUGUCUGCUUUUCUUCUGCCGUAGUACCUAAGCUUCUGGUGAUCACCUUCUCCCAGGAUAAAAGUGUUUCUCUCUUGGAGUGUGCUACACAGAUGUAUGUUAGUUUAGUUCUAGGAGCAACUGAGUGUUUAAUUCUGGCUGUUAUGGCCUAUGACAGAUAUGCAGCUAUCUGUAAACCACUACACUACAAUACAAUCAUGAACAAGAGGUUGUGCAUUUGUCUGGCUUUAGGCUGCUGGGGAGUUGGUGUUAUUAACUCUACCAUCCAUGUGUUCUUUACAUUUCAACUGCCUUUUUGCAGGUCACGCCACAUUAACCAUUUUUUCUGUGAGGUCCCUCCAUUUUUUCGUCUGUCUUGCCAAGAUACUUGGUUCAAUGAGUUAGCAAUGUACAUAUCAGCCUGUAUAAUUGCCAUAUGUGCAUUCUUUUUGACUCUGAUAUCUUAUAUCUAUAUAAUCUCAUCCAUUGCCAAGAUCCGUGCUCCUCAAGGAAGAUAUAAAGCUUUUUCCACCUGUGCAUCCCAUCUCACAGUGGUAGCUGUGUACUACGGCACCAUCAUGUUCAUAUAUUUGCACCCUCAUUCAGCCUAUUCUCCUGAAAUGGGCAAAAUAGUGUCUAUUAUAUAUACAUCUGUAACUCCGAUGCUCAAUCCCAUCAUCUACAGUAUAAGAAAUCAGGAUAUCAAAAGCACCCUAAGAAAAAAUACUUAUAAAGCAUUCUCUAAAUGCAUUUAA